GUUGUUGAGUUUUAGCGAUGUCUGAAGUUGAAGAAGUUGCCCAAACAGAUGAAGACGUUGAUCUGAAUGUGGGACUCAGCACAGAGGAACUCAUCGCAAGUGAUCCAGAUCUGUGUGAGUCGAUCUCAUCGUUCCAUCAGAUCAACAGCAGUGAGGAAUCAAAAAUCAUUUCAAGUGUAGAGAUGACAGAAUCUGUUCAGAUGUCUUGUGAGGAGACGAUUGAAGAGAACGUGAAGAAAGACUCCAUCUGUUGUGAUGCUCAGUCUGUGUCUGAUGUCCUCAAUGAGAGCACAGAUGAGAAGAUCUCGAUGUCUUCAGUCCUCACUGAGAAGAGAGUCGAGAGAAAGAAGCCGGUGAACGGUUUGCACUCGAGUGUUCCUGAAACAUUAGAAAUUCAACACGCUAGAGAUAUUUCACAACUUUGCAGUGAGAGACAAUACAGAGAGGAGGGCAAGAGAGAUCUGUGUGUCAAUCUGUAUUCACUGAUGCCCGACACUGCAGAAACUCAGUUUGCUCGAGAGAUCUCUGAUGUACAGAGUCAGCUAAAAUAUAAAGCAGACGGAAAGAAGAAUCUGAGUUGUAGUCUCUACUCGCAACUGCCCGACACCAUCCAAACACAACACGCCAAACUGAUGACGGAUCUACAGAGCGAUAAUAAAUACAAAGAGGCCUGCAGGAAAGACGUUUCUAAAAGUCUCUACUCACAACUACCUGAAACGCUUGAGACACAACACGCCAGAGAGGCCAACCUGCUUCAGAGUGAGAUUAAAUAUAAAGAUGGACAGAUGGGUGGAUCGAGUUCACUGUACUGCACACUGCCUGACACUCCAGAGAUUCAGUUUGCUAGAGAGAUGACAGAAAUCAUCAGUGAGAAUAAAUACAGAGAACAGGGCAAGAGGAGCAUCAGCAGCAGUAUUUACUCUCAACUGUCUGAUACACCAGAAACAGAAUUCAGCAGAAGCGUCAGUGAUCUUCAGAGCGAGGUGAAAUAUAAAUCAGGUGUUAAAGAUCAGAUGAGUAAAUCUCUGUACCAUCAGCUGCCUGAAACUCUUGAGACUCAACACGCUAAACAAGCUUCACAUCUUCAGAGUCAGGUGAAGUAUAAAGAGGGCAAUAAAGAAAUGAUGAACACUCAUUUAUACUCAACAACAGAAACUCCACACAAUCUGUUUGUCAAGCAUCAGAUGGAGCUGCAGAGUCAGAUGAAAUAUAAAGAGGAUUUAAAGGAGAACUGCAGUAAUCUUUACUCUCUUAUGCCUGAAACACUGGACACACAGUUUGCCAAACACACCAGUGAACUACAGAGUGAUGUGAAAUAUAAAUCAGGUGUUAAAGAUCAGAUGAGUAAAUCUCUGUACCAUCAGCUGCCUGAAACUCUUGAGACUCAACACGCUAAACAAGCUUCACAUCUUCAGAGUCGGGUGUCAUAUAAAGGGACGGGGAAAGGUGAUUUCUCCGGGUCCACCUUCACUUCGGUUCCAGAUUCAGCAGAGAUGAAGUUUGUUCAGGCCGUUUCUCGUGCCAUCAGCGAGAUUGACUAUCGUGAGGAGGGCAGGAAAAACCUCUCGUCCAGUGUUUAUUCACAGAUGCCACAGACGCCGGAGACUCAGUUUGUGAAAUCAGUGUCAGAACUUCAGAGUGAGGUGAAGUAUAAGAAGUCUGGGAACGUCAACAACGCGCUGUAUUCUAGUCUGUCAGAGACGCUGGACACACAACACGCUAAACACGCCAGUGACAUCAUCAGUGAGGUGAAAUAUAAGCAGAGUUUGCCGAGUCCUCUGUUCGCUCAUCUGCCUGAUACACUUCAGAUGCAAACGCUCAGAGAGAUUAAUGACAUACAGAGAGAGGUCAGACUCAAGCAGAAAGAUGAUCAGAAAAGUCUUUAUUCAGUCUUACCUGAGACUUCACAAACUCAGUUGGCCAAACACAUGAGUGACAUUCAGAGCGAGAUUCAGUACAAACAGGAUGGUAAGAAGGAGGCAGAGAGUAAUUUAUACAGCCUGAUGCCUGAAACACUUCAAACUCAACACGCUAAAGAUGCAUAUGAGCUUCAAAGUGACAUUAAAUAUAAAGAAAAUCAUGGAACAGACGCUCAGUCUCUUUACUCCCAUCUGCCCGAGACACAAGACACUCGACAUGCCAAACACACCGCAGAGAUACAGAGUGAGCUGAAAUACAGAGAGACGGUGAAGAAAGAUCUGAGCUCAUCCUUAUAUUCUCAGAUGUCAAUCACACCAGAGAUACAGCUGGCCAAAGAUCUCAGCACGCUUCAGAGUCAGGUGAAAUAUAAGAGCGAUGGACAGAAGAGCGUCAGUGUUUAUUCUCAACUAUCACAAACUCCAGAAACUCAGUUUGUAAAGACAUUAAGUGAACUCCAGAGUGAGGUGAAAUAUAAAUCAGGUGUUAAAGAUCAGAUGAGUAAAUCUCUUUACCAUCAGCUGCCUGAAACUCUUGAGACUCAACACGCUAAACAAGCUUCACAUCUUCAGAGUCAGGUGAAGUAUAAAGAAAGACAUCAGAAAGAAGAUUCAUCUUCAGUUUAUUCACAACUUUCUGAAACCCCUGAGACUCAGAUGGCCAGAGAAAAGAGCGAUCUUUACAGCGAGGUAAAAUAUAAAGAGGACGGGAGGAGAAACAUCUCAUCGUGUCUUUACUCUCUGAUGCCUGAAACACUGGAAACAAAGUUUGCCAAAGAUCAGUGUGAACUACUGAGCGAGAAUAACUACAAGCGAGAGACUCGAGAUGAAUUAUCAGAUUGUCUGUAUUCACGACUGCCUGAAACGCUUCACACACAGUUUGUUAAAGAAGUGACGCCGCUCAUCAGUGAGAGUAAAUAUAAAGCGUCAGGUAAGAAGGAGAUGAGCACAGCUUUAUAUCACUCACUGCCUGAGACUAAAGACAUUCAACACGCCCGAGACGCUUCAGAGAUACAGAGUCAGAUCAAAUAUAAAGAUGGGAAGAAACUUCAGUCAUCCAGCAUUUACUCACAGAUGACACAAACACCUCAGACUGAAUUUGCUGCAAAAAUCAGCGAGCAGCAGAGUGAUAAUAAAUACAGAGAGGCGGGCAGAAAAACCCUCAACAGUUGUGUUUAUUCUCAACUCCCUGAGACGACAGAGACGCAGUUUAUCAAGACAGUGACUGAACUACAGAGUCAUAUUCAAUAUAAAGACGCAGCUAAGAAGCAAAAGUCCAGCGCUUUAUAUUCACUGAUGCCAGAGACUUUAGACACACAACACGCCAAAGACGCCAUGCAACUUCUGAGUCAGAGUAAAUACACAGAGGAUGCAAAGAAAGAGAUUUCACAGAGUCUCUACACACGACUGCCUGAGACCACAGAAACACAACACGCCAAAAACAUCACUGAACAACUGAGUCAGAAUAAAUACAAGCAGAAAGGCAAAGAGGAGAUUUGCAAAAGCAUUUAUUCACAGCUGCCCAUCACACAAGAGAUGCAGUUUGCCAAACAGAUGACAGAUCUCCAGAGUGAUAAUAACUACAAGCGAGAGACUCGAGAUGAAUUAUCAGACUGUCUGUAUUCACAACUACCUGAAACGCUUCACACACAGUUUGUUAAAGAAGUGACGCCGCUCAUCAGUGAGAAAAAAUAUAAAGAAGAAGGAAAAAAGAAGAUGGAGAACUCCCUGUAUGCACAUCUGCCCCAAACUAUUGAAACACAACACGCCAAAGAACUGACACAACUUUACAGUCAGAAGAUUUAUAGAGACGCAGGUAAACGGGAAACACAGUCGUGUCUUUAUGCUCAGAUGCCUCAAACCAUUGAGACGGUGUUUGCUAAACAAGUCUCCAAACAUCUGAGUGAUAAAGUAUAUAAAGAGAAGUUUGAGUCUGAGAAAGGAAAAUCUGACUACACACAUAUGAUGAAUCUUCCUGAUGUCACACACGCCACACAGGUCAACAAACACCAGAGUGAUGUGAUGUAUCGCAGAGGGAAAGAGGAACUUCAUAAAUACAGUGAAGUGAUGGACAGACCAGACAUCCUUAACGCCACACGAGCCACUAAACUCGCCAGUGACGUGGCCUAUAAGAACAAAAGUAAAUCUGAGACAUUUGACCAGCGUGCGCUGCUGGAGAGACCUGAUAUACAACAUGCUAAACAAGCCAACAAACUGGCCAGUCAGGUGAACUAUAAGCAGAAGUUUAAAGAGCAGAAGUCUCAGUAUAACCCUACAGACUGUGUGAGCUUCAAACAUACACAGACUGCAUCUCUGCUGGCCAGUCACGUGAAAUACAAACAGAAGAACUUGGAGGCGGUCACAGAUUUACCCAACUUGCUUCAUCUGGGUCACACAAUGCACGCCAGCAAACUACAGAGCAAUGUGGAGUACAAGAAGAAGUAUGAGGAGUCUAAAGGCCGAUACCACUUCACCCCGGACACAGCGGAGCAACGUCAUCAUAAGGAAAACGCUGUGCUGCACAGUCAGGUGAAAUAUAAAGAGGAACAUGAGAAGAACAAGGGCAAAUCACAGAUGGAGUUUGUGGACACAGAGUCUUAUAAAGUGUCCAGAGAAGCUCAAAAGAUGCAGAGCGAGAACGAGUAUCGUAAGGAGUAUGAGAGCAGUGUUAAAGGAAAAGUACAGCUGGAGGUCGAUCAGACACCUGCGUAUCUCACCGCCCGUAACGCCAGCGCUCUUAUGAAUCAGAAAGAGUACCAUAAAGAUCUGGAACUGGAGGUGAAAGGUAAAGGUCUCACAUGUCCAGAAGAAACUCCAGAGCUACAGCGGGUGAGAAACGCUGGACACAUUCUCAGUGAGAAGGAAUAUCGUAAAGAUCUUGAGCAAGAGAUCAAAGGGAGAGGAUCAGACCUCACGUCAGACAGUCUGGACAUCCAGAGAGCAAAGAAAGCGUCUGAGAUCAACAGUGAUAUCUUAUACAGACAGUCAUCUCAGCUGAGAGAAACUUCAUACGGUACAGUGACAGAUACACCUGCACUGCUGCACGCUGCUUACCUGAAGGACAUCUACAGUCAGAAGAAAUACCGUGAUGAUGCUGAGAGGCUGAAGGGUUCAUACGCUGUCGUAUCAGACACUCCUGAGAUCCAGAGAGUGAAAAAUAACCAGCGUAACCUCAGCCUAAUGUUGUACACAUGGGACUCUAAGCUGUUAAGAAGUCUGACAUCAGCGAUCACAGAUACUCCAGAGAUCAAACUGGCCCGAGAAAACACAAAAAAUAUCAGUGAUGUUAAAUACAGAGAUUGCAUUGGGUCAGGCACAGCAGUGACACAAACACCUGAGAUGAAACGAGUUCGCAGAAACCAAGAAAACAUCAGUUCUGUGAAAUACAAGAAACCAGUUGAUCCAGUCAGUGUGGGGGUGACACCAGAACUAGACCGGAUUAAACAGAACCAACAGAACAUCAGCUCGGCACGAAACACACACACAGACAUACACGCACACAUUAACAGGUCUCUUGAGCUUCUAACUCAUGUUGUUAUUGUCUCUGUUGUGUGCGUGUGUGUAUCACAGGUGCAGUAUCAGCGAGGUUUGCAGGAGGUCAAAGGUCACUCCUGCUCUGAGUUGGAUACACCUGAAAUGAGGCGUGUGCGGAAAUCACAGGACUCUAUUUCCAUGGCCAAGUAUCACGAGGAAUUUGAACGAACACGAGGUCGAGGUGCCACCCACACCCUCGAUGAGCAGCACAUGGCACGUCUCCAUGGAGACCAUCAGAUGGGUGGCAGUGAGGGUUACCAUGGCAUCCAGCCACAGAUGGUGGAGAUUGACCGCAGAUCUGGAGCUACAGAGCUGAAGGUUUGGAGAACCGAUCCGGGAUCCAUCUUUGAUUUUGAUCCGGUGGAAGAUGAGAUUCAAUCUAAAAGUCUUCGCAGAAUGACGGAGCGUGUUUGUCGUCUGUCGGGGCAUCAGUCUGCGCAGUCAGUGCCGUCUCGAGCGCAGUCGGUGUGCAGUUCUUUGGGCUCAGAGUUUUGGGCUGAUCGGAGCGGGUCGGUGUGCAGUAGCGCUUCUGUUUUCCAGGACAGAUGGGGUUCAGGUGUUUACCAGCAUCAGUCUCAUCAGCAGCAGCAGCCCGUCCGCACCGUUCAGUCUCCUCCACAUUCAACGAGCAGCGUGCGUGUGUAUCGAGCUCUGUAUGAUUACGCUGCCCAAGACCACGAUGAGGUUUCCUUUCGUGACGGUGACGUGAUCAUAAACGCUCAGCCCAUCGAUGAGGGAUGGAUGUUCGGCACCGUGCAGCGGACAGGAAAGUCCGGCAUGCUUCCUGCCAACUACGUGGAAUGUUUCAACUGAGAAACAGCUUUUGUUCCCGUUCACAUUUAAAGAUACUUCUCUGUCUGUCUGCAUCUUUUCAACACAUUUCAUACAUUCAUUCAUUCAUUCAUUCCUUUCUUUUAUUUACUUCUAGCUUCUGUUAGCUGUUUCUUACUAAGUUUCAGUCACUUGUGACCUUUACCAUACUGACACCAAACUUGGUUGGUGAUCAUUUUUCUAGUCUCAGGAUCUGAAGUUUUUAAUGUUGCCAAGCAAAACACACUAGUUACCCGUUUAACAGAGUUUUUGGUAGCUAUUAUCAUUACAUUGUAAAACAGUUUGCAUGACAUCAACAAAUUUUGGCCCACUGAAUAUUAGUGCAAUAAACUACUAACAGGUUAAUUUAGUAUUUGAAUGAAGAGAGAUGUGUGUGUGUUCCUUAACCAGGCUGUAUACUAACCAGUAGAAGUGUUGUUGUCUGUAUAGGAGUUAAAUAAACAGCAGAUGUUUGAUGAGCUGAAGUUUUUCUGUAGGACACUAGAAGAUUAAAUGAUUUGUGAAACCUCAUAUGACACAGAAACAAUAAUGAAACAUCUACUGUACUGUAUGUGGUCAUGAUGCUCUUUAGGUCUAUUUAAUAAUGUGUGUUGAGGUUUAUUUCUUGUCAAGCGUCUACAAUACUUAUUUCUAUCUUAAAUGACCUCACAGUUGGAUUUAUUUAGUGAGAUGUUUGCCGUGAAGGACGUGUUGACCUACAGCAAACACAGAUGUUGUGUCAUGAUUUCAUCAUCAUUAAAGUCUAUCACUCUAUCUGAACUAAAUCACAUCAUACACCAAGAAAUCUCUUAAACGACGUCAGUGUAUUUCUGAUCAAUCAUUUAGAUCAAUUCACACAAGAGAUUUAGUUUAGGUCAUCUCAUAUAAAAGCACUCUUCUGCUCAUUUAUUCUUGUUUUAACAUGUGAACAAACUACAGGUGACAUCAUGCUCUUCUUUCUGUCUAAUAGCACAGAUUUAUAUAAAACACAAAGAUCAUUUUGAUCUUUCAGAAUGAACCUCUACACUCAUGAACUUUGUCUUGUGCAGCUUCUCUUUUAUCAGUCAGUCUGAUGAUGAUGAUGAUGAUGAUGAUGAUCAGUCAGUCUGUGUAAUGAAUCUGAUUGUUGAAUUGGUUUGAAUCCGAAUGCAGAUAUGUUGCAGUUUGUAUAAAAAUGACAAAGUUUAUACAAGACAAUUCACGUGUGUACACAAAGUGUUCUGACAUUUAUUUGUUUGUUAUAAAAUCAUUGUUUAACUUAUAUGCACAUCACUAUGUCUUCUGUUAACAUUAUUUUAAUUUGUAGUGUUUCACAAUUAUAGAAAUUAAAAAUGUCCAGCAUUUUGUGAGUUUCUGUGUUUAGAUUUGUCCACACACACAUGAGGGCGGUUUACCGGACAGGGAUGAGACUAGUUUUAGAUUAAAAUAAAUGUAAGAGCUGUCCAAACUAAAAACCUCUUGCACUGACAUAUCUUAAAAUACAUCAGUGCUCUUUGUUUUACCUCAAAAUGCACACAAGUCAUGUUUUUAGAGAGGCAUGUUUGUUCAAAUUAGUUAUAUUUCAUAAUUAAACUAAGGCCUAGUCCUGGUUUAAGAUAAUCCCUGUCUGGGAAAUCACCCCAUGGUGUAUUUAUAUAAAUAUUAGUUUAAGAGGCGGUUUUCCGGACAGGGAUUAUCUUAAACCAGGACUAAGCCUUAGUUUAAUUAUAAAAUAUAACUAGUUCUAAACAUGGUUUACUAAAAACAUUACCUGUGUGCAUUUCCAGGCAAAACCAAGAGCACUGGUGUAUUUUAAGACAUGUCAAUGCAAGUUUGUUUUUUCGCUCUAACAUUUCUUUUAGUCUAGUACUAGUCUAAUCCCUAUCCGAGAAACCGCCCCUAUAUGUACUGUAUGAACUUUGUUGUGCUUUGAUCUGCUGUUUUCGGUCUCUUUUUAUUUAUGGGUCCUGUUAUACACAAUUAAAAAAGUAAUUUCACUUUAAAGCAUUUACAAAACAGUUUACUAAAAAAGAAAGAAAAACUAAACACACAAGCACUGCUGCAUAAAUGAAAUAAGAGUUGAGUCAAUCUUUUGCUUUAGUUUCAAAGGUUUCACCGUCUUAUAAUAACACUGAAACUCCUCAUCAAAAAUAAUUCAAAACAAAACUGAUUUCUUUGUAGUUGUAUUAAAUGUAGAGCAGAAUGAUGAGUUUAAUGAAAGUUUUUCUACAUUGCAAAUUUUAACAAAAUAUAAACUCCAGAAGAGGUAGAAGGACAAUGUUUAAUUUUAGCAGAAUUCAUAUUCAGUACAUUUUGGUCUUUUGCAGUAUUUUAUAUUUUUUAUUGUUGAAUAAAAUAUAGUAUUUUGUUUGAUUAUUACAAAAUAUAGUUAUUACUGGUCAUUCGUAGUAAGAGACACGUCUCCUUCUGUGUGUGACGUCAGUGGAUUGUGCGCAUGCGCAGUAUCUGAGUGACGCUCAUUGGGCGGCAUGUGUGUCUGUUAACGCACUGUUCCUGCAGGUGGCGCUGAGCGGCUCAAAAAACCCAACCCUCCGUUCAAAAACAUGAAACCAUUAGUCGUAUUAGAGAUAUGUGUACAUUAACACAUGUCAUGUUUUACAAAUAUUAGUUUAGGGAUUUGAUGCCUGCCAUACAGGAAGAAAUUGACCGCUGUAUAGAAUUACAGAAUUACAAUUAUAGAAACACGCUCGUACUGAGAAGAGUAACAAGUUUACAGCUCGAUCGGAACAAUAAUUCAUAUCUAAAUUAUGAUUCUGACAAGCUGUAAUUGUCGCUAAAUUGGAAGUAUUCAGAUGAAAGUUUAAAACCAUUUAGAUUUAAUUUACCUGAUCAUUAACGUUUGAUCUUUAAAGACACGCCCCUUUCUUCACCCCUGCUUUACACCCAUCCACGGUCAUUCUACCUGUUUUCUAUUUCUAUUGCGACACGUGUCCGUGCGUGUAACGUCAGAGGUGACCCGGAUGAGGCGCAGUCGCAGUGCAGGUUUUCCUCAGUGUGGAUUUGAGCAGCGCUUGACGUGUGUUUCUCACACAGAUUUUUUCAUUCUUUCUCGUUGUUGUUUGAUUUGUGUUUGACUGUCGCGAUGAGGUUGUUGAAUAAACUGCUUCUGCUGCUCCUGUUGGCGUUUCCCGC